CACACUUCUAAUUUCAAGACUUACUACAAAUUACAGUUAUCAAAGCAGUGCAGUACUGACCUAGGAUAAGCAUGUAGAACCGUGAACUAGCAUUGAGAGUCCCAAAAUAAAUCCUUAUAUCUGUGGUCAGUAGAGUUUUGCCAGUGGUGCUAAGGCCACCCAAUGGGGGAAAGAAUAGUUUCUUCAGAUGAUUUUGGGACACCUGAUUAUCUACAUGCAAAAGAAUGAAUGUGGACCCAUAACUCAGGCCAUAAACAAAACCAACUCAAUGUCAAAUGGAUCAAAGACCUAAACGUAGGAACUAAAACUACAAAACCAACUGUAACAAAAGGGAGAGUGACCAAAAAAGGAAAAUUGGAAUAUACUAGAGAGAAAAAAUAGAAAUAUUUAGUUACACUGGAAUCCUAAGAAGAAAAACGGAAGGGAAGAAGGAAGACAAUAGACAAAUGAGAACAAUGGGAAAAGGACGUGUUUCUGAGGUAGAGCAGAAGGGCUUGAGAGGCUGAUGGCAGAGAACAGGCGGGAGGAAGGCCUGCGGGAGCUAGCGGUCCUGAGCAGGAUCCCCAAAUAACCUUUCAUCGUUGCCCAGGGUGCCCCCCCACCUAGGGCAGAUGGUGAAGCAGUCUGCACAUUGGCAUAAGGUCCUUGUCGACUAAUAACUGUAAGAUUUCCUCUAGGAUUUCAAGAGCAUAUAAACAUUUCUAAUACUCUCUUAACACACAGGUAGUUGUUUCGUGAGCCCAGUUAACAUCCUCUUCCCUUUCUGACCCAGAGUUGAAAGUGUUAACACAAUUAGUUUUAUUGGUUCUUGCAGGCGUGUUUUGUACACAUGUAUCCAGCAGAUGGCGUUCAAGUCCUCAAGACUUCAGAUCACUCUAGAACAGCACUGCCCAAUAGAAAUAAGAUGCAAGCCCUCUGUCAUUUUCAGUUUUCUGGGAACCACAUUAAAAAAAUGAAAUUAGUUUUAUGAUAUACUUUAUUUAUUAUAUCCAAAAUAUUUCAACAUUCAACCUAUAUUAAGAAAUACUGGAAAAUUUUACAUUUCUUUUCACACCAAGUGUUCAAAAUUAACUGUAAAUCCACCAAUGGUACUUCUCAAUUAAGAUGCUAAGUUUUCAUCAGGAGUAUUUGAUCUGUAUUUAUAUGUCACGAAAUACACAGUGAAAGAGUAGAGUCACACACCCAAGUUGUCUCCAACACACAAACAUUUUUAAGUUUGUGAGUCCAAUAUCAAGUCAUAAUACAAUUUUAGUUCCUUAAUUGUACUAGCCACAGUUCAGAUGCUGAAGACACGUGUCCAGUGCAACUGUCUACCCAGCACAGCACAGCUCUAAAUGAUCUGUUCUUAAAUACUUUAUGGUCUGAGCACAGCUCCUCCUCCCAUUACUAAAGGGCUGAUAAACAUGUCUUCCAGGCAUACAUUAAGCACUCAAGAUAUUCUUCUGGCAGUGUUUCACUUGGAGGCAAGGAACAGUGAAAUCUGUCAGAAAACACGGCCACACCUUAUUCAUAUCUUUGUAGGGCUAAGCAAAAUGUGGAUCAAAAAUUGCUUUGAAUCACUUGUUUUCAUUGUAAUCUUUCCUCCAGGCCUUUGUGUGUUUUGAUACAGUACAUUUGAAUUGGCGAAAUAAAUCAUUUUGUUUGCUUGCAAAAUUCCCAAAGGAGAAACUUUAAAUCUGUAUACAUGAGAUUUCUGCUAUGUUUAGCCGUACAUUUGCCAAAGACUUGCGGGAGAAUUUAUUUCUUAAAGUCAUAGCACAGCCUGCAAGAUUGUUUUCAGCCAACCUUGUGACAUAGAGCCGAGGCAGUAGAAUUUAGAAUUUGGAGCAGGGUUGGGUACUGGUCUUUACAGUUAACACAACAUAGAUUAGCCACGCCAUAUCCAUAUGUGUGUAGUUUCUUUUUCAGCCCAUUAAUUGAACUAAGUCAGUUAUAUGUCAAGCAGUUCCUGUAAAAAACAACGUGGCUAAAGUUUUUAUUUAUAGAUUGCAAGCAGAUCUUCCACUCUCAGGCCUCUAACUAUAAAAGGCUUCACCUUAGGUAAGAACUUUUCACCCUCAGUCACCUCUCAGGGGCCCUGACUUUUUACAGCUGAAGGUCCAUCUUGUCUAAGAUGGACAGUGUUACCUAGCAGUAUGCGUACUCUAGCAACAUGAAUGGCAUCAAGAGCAACAGAGAAUUGUACCAGCAAUACACGGCCUCGGCCCCCAGGCUGCUGGCCCGCAUCUCCAAACUGCUCAUCCUUUGCCGGAACUCAGGCAUUUCUGUACCCAAGGGCGUUAGGAACAUCUUUGAGUUCACUUGGGAAGAACUUACUGCCGACCCCAUGGUGCCUACUGCGUCCGACAUCCUGGGCCUGGAGAUCAGCUUUGGACCCCCACCCGUGGUGCUUAUGGAACCAACCUACACGCAGGCCCCUGUCCAGAAGAAGGCGCCACCACUGGUACUACCACCACCGUUGCUGCCCGCACCCACUGGGCCUGCCAGGUUAACCCGCUCUCCCACCCAUGGCCGGGAAGCUCUGCACAAGUUCCAGCGGCGGUCCAUCCACCUGCUCACAGAGCUGCUCACCCUGAAGAUGAAGGCCAUGAUGGAGUCUGCGUCUGUAGGUUCCAAUCAUCUGGAUGUCACAAGGCACUUCGUGGAGGCCAGCCUGCUCCUCCACCUCAAAGCCAAGGAGACAGCUUUAGACUACCUGAUCAGCACCAUCGGGAAAAGUAGCUCUGGUGUCAGCUCAAUAUGGAAAGAUUCCUCCAUGAGCACUCCAACUGUGGGCGUGAACUCACCUUACCAGCUUGUCUACGAGUCCUCUACUGGCUGUCUGAGCUUUUCCCUCUCAACUGGAAGAGAAGUCAAGAAGAAAACAGCCACAGGCAGAUCAAAAGUCCUCGAAGACAUAACCAUAUCACCCCUCCAACAAGGACCCGGAAACUCUGCCUCUGACAGUAUGGAGUUCAGUGACCCCUGCCCUGAGGCCCGAGAGAAGCUACAGGAGAUGUGUCGCCUUAUAGAAGCUGAAAGGGCCUCGUGGAAAGGGAGGAAAUUCUCCUACCCCAUGAUCUUUCGCAACUACAGGGCAAAGAUGCCCUCUCAUCUAAUGUCAGCCCCAAAAGGGGACGCUCAGACCCCUCACCCUCCAGGUGCUCAGACUUCCACUCCCACCCCUCACCAGCCUCCUGCCCACCAACAUGCUCAUAUCAGCCAGCAUUCUCAGGAGUGGAAGAUAUCCAAGAAGCCCAUCAAGUUGCAUUACACCUUCUGUGAUGGGUCUUCCUUCGUGUACUAUCCCUCUGGAAAUAUCGCCAUGUGUCAGAUCCCCACAUGCUGCAGAGGAAGAACCAUCACCUGCCUCUUUAAUGACACACCCAGCUACUCCUUUCUGGCUCUGUUCAAUGCUGAAGGCCAGGGCUGUGUUCACUACAACCUGAAGGCCCGUUGCCCAUAUGUCUUGAUCUUGGAUGAGGAAGGUGGGACCACCAAUGACUACAAGGGCUACGUAGUCCACAAAUGGAGCUGGUCUUCCAAGACAGAGACUUUGCUCUCCCUGGAGUAUAAGGUGAAUGAACAAAUCAAGCUGACGGUUCUGGGCCCGGACUCUAUCAUAGUCACCUUCACCUCCCUAAAUGAGACAGUAACACUCUCUGUAUCAGCCAACAACUGUCCACAUGGGGUAGCUCACGAAAAACGGCUGCUGACCCGCAUAGACGACAAAGUGUCCAAGAUGAGCCGAGCCCUAGCGGAGAUCAAGAAGCGGUUUCAAAAGACAGUGUCACAGUUUACGAAUUCUAUCUUGUUGGCAGCAGGCCUACUCACCAUAGAAUACACAGUUAAGGAAGACACAGAAAGCAAUCGAAGCAAGGUAAAAUAGGGUCCCCAUCUUGAGCGAGGCCCCAAGCCAAGUUUAUACUCAGGAGAAGUCCUUUUAUUACGAUCUCGGUCAGCCCGGCCCGAAUCCUCAAUUGAAGAGUCAUCGAGAGAAGAGCGUGGGUCUGUUUCUGUGAGCCCCACUCGGAGGAGGACCAUCAAGAUGCAAGGCAAAGCCAUGAUCACAACCAGAUGGGCUUAG